UAUAGGCUGGUGGUUGGCGUUGCAUGCAACAGUCAAGAGUUGUUCUGCAAGUUCAGAGAAAGACAACUUGUGUUUUGCACAGGCAUUUAUAGAGAUUUAUAUUUAUUUACUAUUUUUUUCUCGCUGGGUGAUCAUCACUGAAGGGGACCAUGGUUAUGUUGAAGAUCUCUGCUUUCCUUGUUGCCUAUGCCCUGGUCAUUUGCCAGAUGUACUGCUCACAAGCCGCCCCUGCCAGACCAGGUUUAGAGUCCAUGUCAGACCGGGUCACGCUCACGGACUACGAGGCACGACGGUUACUAAAUGCCAUUGUUAAGGAGUUCGUUCAGAUGACAGCGGAGGAGCUAGAGCAGCAGGCGACCGAAGGAAACAGCAGCGUUACGGCACAGAAACGAGCCUGUAACACAGCGACCUGUGUGACUCACCGCCUGGCGGACUUCCUCAGCCGAUCAGGAGGAAUGGGCAGCAGCAACUUCGUCCCCACCAACGUUGGCGCCAAGGCCUUCGGCAGGCGAAGGAGAAGCAUCCAGAUGUGAGCGCUCAAAAAAAAAAAAACUUUCAGGAAAAUGGUUGACUUUUUGAAAAGAAAUCAUCAAAAAA